CGCUGCAGUUAACAGUGGUGGAUCGGAACGUCCCUGAGCGCGGAGUAAGAGGAGAGUACACGGCGAUACAGUCUUUGGGAGGAGAUAGUGCUUAUUUUCCCCCCUCUCUCAGCUCUAACAACAAAUUAAAUCCGAUUUUGGUUCAGAGGGUCGUCUAACUACAGCAAUCGAAACGUGGGAGGAACAAAGGAUUUGAUCUUUCAAGUUUUUCUUUAGCAUUUGUUUUCUUUUCAUAAAACAGGAUUCUGUUGGAGGCUCGCUCGCACUCUAGACGCAAAGAUGAUGGUUGGAGAGAUCGAGGUGAAGGAGAGACCGAGGCCGAGUCCCGACUAUUUGAUGCAAUUGUUAAACGAAAAGAAGCUGAUGACCAGUUUGCCAAAUCUGUGCGGUAUCUUUACACACCUUGACCGGCUUCUCGAUGAAGAGAUCAACAGAGUGCGGAAAGACAUGUACAACGACACAGCCAACGGACCUAUAGACAAACAGCCUCUGGAAUUACCCGAGGCCCUGGGGCCAAUCAUUCAUCUGCAGGAGAAGCUCUUUGUGCCUCUAAAAGAGUACCCUGACUAUAACUUCGUGGGCAGAAUCCUGGGGCCUCGUGGACUCACCGCCAAGCAGCUGGAAGCGGAGACUGGAUGUAAAAUCAUGGUGCGAGGCAAGAGCUCCAUGAGGGACAGAAAGAAGGAGGAGCAGAACAGAGGCAAGCCCAACUGGGAACAUCUGAACGAGGACCUGCACGUCCUGAUCACGGUGGAGGACACACAGAAGCGCGCUGAGAUCAAGAUGAAAAGAGCCUUAGAGGAGGUCAAGAAGCUCCUGGUGCCCGCGGCGGAAGGAGAGGAUAAUCUGAAGAAGAUGCAGCUGAUGGAGCUGGCCAUUCUCAACGGGACGUACCGAGACACCAACAUCAAGACACACCCCCUUGCGUUCUCUCUUGCAGCGGCGGCCGCCGCCGCUCAGGGCCCCCGUCUAAUGCAGGCCCCCCAGGGGCAGUUGAUGGCCCCACAUCAGCAGAUGAGGCCCCCCACACCGGCAGGGCCCCCCAUCAUGAACAUCAUCCGACAACCCCAAAUGCAGGGCAUGUUACCCAAUGGCACCCCAACCCUGGUGCCUCCCUCGCCGGACGGCAGCAUCCUCUACGCCUCCCCGUACGACUACCCGUACGCCCUGGCGCCCACCUCCCUGCUGGAGUACCCCAUCGACCACAGUGGGGUUCUAGGUAAGCGACCCUGGGGCCUGGGCGGCGGCCCCUUUAGCCCCGGACAGGAGGGCAGCUUGUUUUACCCUGGGUUUUUGGACGCGGCUUCGAUGAGCCACGGUCAGGACUUGUUGAAAGGUGCAAUGGCUACUAAAAUGAGACGACAUGACUCGCGCGUCCAUCCUUACCAAAGGAUUGUAGACAGAGCCGCCACCGGCAACUAACACAUGACCUUCUGACCUCUGAACUCUUCACCCAAUGACGAGCCGCCCCAAGCCUGCCUGCUGAUCAGUUAACUGGUAAUUGCCUUUUGCUAGCCUCUCGGGACGCAGUGAGAAAGAGGCGCCUGCCCUUAGUUACCCUAACAUGUUUUAGAUUUAUUUUUUUUUACAUUUAAAAAAAUAUAUAUAUCACAAUCUCAUAGAAACACAUCAAACCAAGUUAUUAUUUUAUUGAUUUCUGUUCAUUGAGUUGAAUUCCCAUUCUCUCUCUUUCUUUUUCUUCAUGAAUCACAAACUGGAGGAAUGUGUGUGUGUGUGUGUUACUAAUGAAUCUGCACUGAAUAAAAAAAAAAUAUAUAUUUAUAUAUAUAUAUAUAUAUAUAUAUAUAUAUAAUCUCAAUAAAGAUCCCGUCCUCCCUGUCGACCGCCCCGUACCUGCUCUGAUUCGGUGACCUCACUAAUAAUUACUGAACAAUGGUAAAUGGGAACGGAACCCAAACUGUAUGUCCCCUUUCCCUCCCCAUUCCACACUUCCUUGUGGGUCAUUUGAAAGAAAAGGAAAUAGAAGGAAAGAGAAACUAGACUCACACCAACUUGUUGAUUCUCUGUCAUUUUCAUAUGUGGUCGUGCAUUAUGAACCUUUGAGACGAUAAUAUGCUGACACAUUCUGGGUGUGCCCUCCACUGCUGUCUGUUAAAAGCAUGGCUAAAUUGACUGCAAAUGGAGCUUAUUAUAAUUUGUUUUUAUGUUGUGUUUUUCUUUGGUUUUACUUGAUUUUUCUGUUUUCUUGUUAAUUCAUUCUAAUGAGCUCUUUUGUGAAGGACUAGCCAGACAAAGCAGGUUGUAAGAACUUAAAAGGUAGCUUUUGAAGUGGCAGGCCUAUCAUGGGCAGUAAGCGGAAGCUAGGUGGGGUGCUGGGACAGGGUGAUAUGGGGAAGAAUCAGGAUGAGAAGCGGUGUUUCUAUUACUAUAAUGAAAGUAGGAUGGGUUGAGGGCACAGUGAAUAUAUAGUCAACUAGCUACUGAACUUAACUAUGCUCCUCCACACUGUGUGCCAAGUAUACAGUGCCUGAUGUAUUUAGAGAAAUGAUGCGAGCUGUGAUCUAAAAGACAAAAAAAAGUAUUGUGCGUAUUUAACCAGAGCGUUUUCAGUUGAAUUAUAUCUACUUAAAUAUGUAUCCAACCGCAGAGGGCUCUCCGCCAUUUUAGCGUUUGAAAGGGUGUGAUUUCAUGCUUGCGUAAGUAAAGCUCUAGUUUCCCACGAAGAGACAAAGGCGAUUAAACACUAAAGAUGGCUACUGGUGAAGGGGGGAUCCUGAUAGUGAAGUUUGUAUAUAUUUCCUAUUCUCUUUUUUUUUUAUUUAGCCUUUUUGUUUUUGGUUGUAUCUACACCCCUGGCAACAACAACAAAAUGCUAGUGUGUUUUUGUAGUUUUCUUUUCAUCUCUUUCCAAUUUGAUACCAAUCAAGUCAUCCUUGGGGGACGGGAUACUUGCCCUCAUGAAAAUAUGCCUGUUUGAAUUGAAAUGACUUUAUUUUUAACCCUCACCAUACCAGUUUGAAGUCCCCCAAUUAGCACAUCCACAAUGUGUCUCCAUGAAGGUAUAGUCCAGCUCCUGAGCCCUGACCGUUUCUUUGACUCUUUCUCAAGAACAAACAUAGGAUGUGAAAGCCAUGCCUGCCUGUUCAAAUUGCUUUAUACAUACCUGUUAUAUAUAUAUAUAUAUAUACACACACACACACACACACACACACACACACACACACACACACACACAGAGAGAGAGAGAUACAUGUAGAUACCUGUCAUUACAUAGUAAAGAUGGAGAACACAAUGAAAUCCUCUUACAGGAUGCUGGAGAAGAAAACAUAUAUAUUUUUGGCAAUUUUAGCUUUUUAUACUUGCAGUUACAAAAUAUGGGGGGGGGGGGGGGGGAGGUUAACAAAAUAGUAUGCAGAAAAAGGACAUGUGGCGAAAUGCUGUGUUACUUUGGAUAUUAUUGGCUUGGAAAAUAAAAAAUAAAGACCAAAAUAGUCAUACCUAGGAACAUUAGAAGGAUGUAAGUGUUACGAAGAGGGGUUGAGAGAGACACAGAGAAGAUGUUUUGUUUUUAAAGUUAGAAGAAGUGCCUUAUCGACGGUUGUUUCUUUUUCCAAGUGUUAACAUUCUGUUCAGUAAUAUCCAGCAACAACUAGGACACUGCAGAGAGGAGCAGCUUCUGUAUGGGCUCUGAAGAGUUGAGCAGGGUAGCUCCGUCAUUAUUGCUGAGCUACUGAAGUUAUUCUAUGCAAAAAGAAUAGCAGUCGUAUGACCAGCUAAAAUAUGUGCCAUGUGGUUCGUCUUCCCCAAGUAGAAGUUCAGUUUCUUUGUUUUAGUUUCUAUCUUUGGCCUUUUUCUCUGCCAUCGGAAACAAGUUUCAUUUCUUAUUUCUCUGCAUUUUGAUUUAACGUGUUAUCCCUUGUCUUGUUUUCUGGUAACUGUGAUUAUUCUACAAAGAACAAACUGCCAAUAGCAACGCAGAAGUCUGCCAGGACAUUUUUAUGAAUAAAUUGAAUAUAAAAUGAGAUUAAGAGGGGAAAAGCCGUUUGCAUGUAUACCUCUGUUUCAAAAUCUGCAAACUGAAAACAUCCAGUCUAACAAUGCUUCCUCACUACAGUCGGGGAAUGUAACCAACCCGUUUUAUAAUCGUAUGACCUAAAGACCCCAGGGGGUUUUCCCAGAUGCAGUUCGGGGCUCUUCAGAUUCGGAGGGGGGGCUGGAUGACAUGUAUUCUAUGUUAGUCAAUAUGUAGCCAUUCUGGAAGUGAUCGACAUACAGCUGGAUGAUAUAGCAGAGACUAGAAAAACUCCUUGCCUCCCUACAGGUAAAACGAUGAGGCCAUCUGCACUCUUUUUAAGGUCCUUACUACUGAGUAGUGUUGGGUUCCAGGUGUGAAUACUGGAAGAGGUGAAGACCCGCACAUGGUAGAACACACAAUUACAUCCAAAACUGAGGCUUGAAUGCAAAAUCAAGAUGGUUAUUAGAAUAUCAUGCUCCAAAAAUCAUAGUGUGAGAAAGUGCAUAAAUGAAAGGUGAAAACAAAACAACCGUUUUGUCUUUAGGCCAUCUCUACAGCUAAUACGACUUCACAGCCAAGCAGUUUUCAGUUAUUGAAACAAAAGGGGUAUCUAAUCAAAUAUUUAAAAAAUACUAUAAAAAAUCAAUUGAGACAUUCUACAGUAUUUUACCUUCCCUGGCAGUCUGAUACUAUUUAUUUUUCUCAUACAUGCUUUACACAGAAAAGGUCAAUUUGUUUUCAGUGUUAUGAAUUAUUCUUCAUUUUUUAAACAUUUUUUUUAGAAAUGCAAUAUUAACAUGGAGCAAGAUAUGACAAGCAUUUUGACAGUAUUAAGAAAUAUUCCCUCAUACAAUGGCACAGCGUGUUGUAACAUUGCAGAGGUUGGUUUAGUUCAUCAGGUAUAUGGUGAAAGAUACCUGACCUGACCUGCCUAGUACGAUGUAUGAUAAUGUAAUUUACAGCCAUUGUUAAAGGUUUAUAAUGUAUUUUUCUAAUCUCAUUUUGUAUGUAUAUUAUAAAAUCCUUUUUCUGACAUUUUUUGUUGUUGUUGUUGAUGAAGCCCACUGCAACUUGUUUUUGAACCCCCCCCACCACCCCUCACAUCUUGAAAUCUGUCCCUCAUUAGGAGUGUUUCCUUUCCUAGAGUUAGAUUUAGUUUUCUUGCCAACUCCUAGCUUGUUUAACUCAUUAGCAACUUUUCGUUUCUUGUCAUAAGUAUUUUUACAUGCUUGCUUUUUAGUUUUCAUUGUGUGUGUUGUUAUUUCUUAUUAACCCCUUGGCAUUUAUUUUAAUAAAACAUUCUUAGUAAGAAUUUUACUAACUUGCUGAUAUUAUUUUGGUCUUGUUUUUAACAAGUUUAAUGGAUGUACGACCUUGGUCUGGUUCACGGACUAACACAAUUAAAACUGGUGUCUGACCACCAAACACUUACACUGACAUGCCUGUACACACACGCAUAUGUGUGCACUCAGCAGCAUUCAUAUUUGCGCACACACACACACACACACACACACACACACUGUCUAACUGGAACCUGUGCACGAGCUGAUCCGUCCCUCACUCUCGCUCACACAUACUUUCACCUGUGUUGCUGAAAAGAUUCUUCUAAACACUCUACAUAAUCCCAGCACCGCUGCUGUCUCGUCCCUCCUUUCUGUUUAUCACCACUCUCUUGUGGUUUUGCCCUUUGUAAGAGAACCAGGUAGCUGCUCGCUGUAACUGGAAGUGUAGGAGAACCAGGGAGCUGCUCUCUGUAGGAGAACCAGGAAGCUGCUCUCUGUAGGAGAACCAGGGAGCUGCUCCCUAUAGGAGAACCAGGGAGCUGCUUCCUAUAGGAGAACCAGGGAGCUGCUCCCUGUAGGAGAACCAGGGAGCUGCUCCCUGUAGGAGAACCGGGAAGCUGCUCCCUGUAGGAGAACCGGGGAGCUGCUCCCUGUAGGAGAACCGGGGAGCUGCUCCCUGUAGGAGAACCGGGGAGCUGCUCCCUGUAGGAGAACCGGGGAGCUGCUCUCUGUAGGAGAACCGGGGAGCUGCUCUCUGUAGGAGAACCGGGGAGCUGCUCUCUGUAGGAGGACCGGGGAGCUGCUCUCUGUAGGAGGACCGGGGAGCUGCUCUCUGUAGGAGGACCGGGGAGCUGCUCUCUGUAGGAGGACCGGGGAGCUGCUCUCUGUAGGAGGACCGGGGAGCUGCUCUCUGUAGGAGAACCGGGGAGCUGCUCUCUGUAGGAGAACCGGGGAGCUGCUCUCUGUAGGAGAACCGGGGAGCUGCUCUCUAGCGGUAACUGGAAGUCUAGGGUUGCAGGUGAAACACUAGGAUCCAACACACAUGUACAACUGAAACCUAAUAUGCUGCUCAUCAUACAUUAUCUCAAGGCAAUCUGCCUUGUGUAGGAGUAACUCAUCUGAUUCAACACCAAUGUGCCCUCCUGGGUUUGAGAGGGGGGAGAGCAACAGAGAGAGAUUACUGUAGCGCAGAAGAUACUAAUGUUCAUAUUGCUAUGACCCCCUAUUACUAUGACUCCAUAUUGAUAUGACCCCCCUAUUACUAUGACUCCAUAUUGCUAUGACCCCCUAUUACUAUGACUCCAUAUUGAUAUGACCCCCUAUUACUAUGACUCCAUAUUGCUAUGACCCCCCAUACUAUGACUCCAUAUUGCUAUGACCCCCUAUUACUAUGACUCCAUAUUUCUAUGACUCCAUAUUGCUAUGACCCCCUAUUGCUAUGACUCCAUAUUGCUAUGACUCCAUAUUGCUAUGACUCCAUAUUGCUAUGACCCCCUAUUGCUAUGACUCCAUAUUGCUAUGACUCCAUAUUACUAUGACUCCAUAUUGCUAUGACCCCCCUAUUGCUAUGACUCCAUAUUGCUAUGACUCCAUAUUGCUAUGACCCCCUAUUACUAUGACUCCAUAUUGCUAUGACUCCAUAUUGCUAUGACCCCCUAUUACUAUGACUCCAUAUUGCUAUGACUCCAUAUUGCUAUGACUACAUAUUGCUAUGACUACAUAUUGCUAUGACCCCCUAUUGCUAUGACUCCAUAUUGCUAUGGCCCCCUAUUACUAUGACCCCCUAUUACUAUGACUCCAUAUUGCUAUGACUCCAUAUUGCUAUGACCCCCUAUUACUAUGACUCCAUAUUGCUAUGACUCCAUAUUGCUAUGACCCCCUAUUGCUAUGACUCCAUAUUGCUAUGACCCCCUAUUACUAUGACUCCAUACACCGUUAUUACAACCCAUUCAAAAUGAACUGGUCCUGCAAUGUGACGCGUACCGUUGGGAAGUAGACUGUCGUCUGAUGUUAGACACAACUGGAGCCCCUAUACAAUCCCUGAAAAAGGCGAUCCGUUGCUACAAUGUACUACUACUAUAUUUACUGUUAAGUAAUUCUACAGGUUAUUGUAAUGCUUUCACGGGGCCGUUUCACUAAAGCACCAGCCAUUCAUCUACAGGGUGAACCAAUUGGUCGGUUCUAUUCAGGUCAUCUGUGCCUUUUUAACCAUUGGUCAUUUUCCUACUCAGGUGUGAAGUGUAGAUCAGACAAUGACCUAAAGGCUACACUAGAAGGGAGUGCUUGUAGUGCUGACGUAGUAUUCUACUGCCUUAACCCAUUUCGCAAGAGUCUAAACGGUAGUGUUGACAAUGCAACAAAAACUUUGGGAUCCAAUUUAGAAUGAAGAUAUUAGCUUCUAUUAGUCGCUUUGUAAUCCGACUCGAUUCACAGCCAGCGCCUACUAAUGUCUGUUCUGUUUCACUUCCUUCCUCUUUGCUUCUUUUCUUCACUAAUUUGAGGUGUUCAGACUGACACAUGAGCCGAGAUGAGCUGUUAUUAAUCUCUCUUUUUUGUGUGUGAUUAUACUGUAACCCACUGGGUGUUGCCUCCGCAAUUUCAAAGUAUCUCUGCACAAACGACUUCGGCUUUUAACAAUCUAAUUCCUUAGUUUCCACAAACAAGCGAGUAAAGCGCAUAACGUUUAGACUUUCUCCGCUGUCUGAAAUGAACAAGUCUUCCCUGUCUGAUGAUCAUGGGUUUCUGUGACACUUCACUUUAGACGAGCAGUAAAGAAAACAAUAGAUAUCAAUGGGAGUUUGUCAAUCCAAACUUUGGCAUAUUUCCAUCUGAAGCGAUGUUUAAGCAAUACUUGUUGGGUCUUCUAACCUUUCUUAUAUAUUUAUGUAGUUCAUUGUAAAUUUAAAUUAAAUUUAAAAAACAAUUCUCUGUGCCCCCCCAAAAAAUGUCCAUAACUGGAAUCUGCCUUUUAGCAGUGGGUGUCUUUAUGCUGUCUGAAGUGUAAGUGUUGCCUUUAUUUUUCUGUUGGCUCGUUUCCCCAGUUGAGCUGAUGACAAGAAUAUGAAUUGGCAAGUUAUUUGUCUGGUGUUGCAAUGCAUUACAAACCCUGCCUGCAAGAUUGCAUCUGGAAAUAAUAAGUGCCUUUUUGUGAGAGAUUUUGGAAAAUGUAUAUAUUGUGCCAAUUACUAGUAUCUCUCACUUGCCAUUUUUGUUGAGCACUAAAAAAUGAAAUUCCUUAGCUAUUCCUGCACACUGUAGAUGGAUCGUUUUAGUUUUUUUUUGCUAAACUGGAAUAUUUGUAAAAAAAUAUAUAUAUAUUUUGGUUUAAAAAAAAAUGUCAAGCCUUCCAUUUGUUGUAUGUAAUUGGACCACAUUAUGCAUAUAAUAGCUGUUUAGGGAAGCAGUGGUUUGAAUGAAUGUCUUGUGUUAGUCCUGAACUGUGUUACUACUACCCCUGUAUUGUCAACAAGUAUAUUUCUGAAAACAUUCCUCAAACGUAAGCCACAUUAACAGCUGGUUAACCCAUUAACGUGGUCUCAAUGACGUAGCACUCAGAGUUAAAGGGUAACGAUACCAACAAUUGGAAUAAUGAUUGAAACCCCAUUCGAUUUUUUAAAAACGUUUAUCUUUUGUUUGUCAACGAUGUGUGUUGAAAAAAUAUAAUUAAAAACAUUUCUCAUUGAUCUGCUAUAGAAGUUCCUGUUGCAUGUAGGGGUACAUUACAUCUGAGAAUUGUUGUGGAGUUGUAAGGUUUUAUGUUAUGUUGUUUUGUUUUUAUAGAGGACUAGAAUAGGAUUUUGAGUAGGAUAUAAAACGAUGUAUUGUCAAUUAUGUUGCUCACACCAAAAAAGGAAAAUGUCAUGUACAAUAAAGAACCACAUUUACAAGUGGCCUGUUGACUGCU